CUGCACCGGCCUUUAGCUCCUCCCAGUGGUUGUUUAGUGCUUUCACACGAACUCGGAAGCAGCCUUGUUUUGGGCACUGAGCACAUUGUCGGCGGUAAAGACCUGCGGCUACCCGUCAACGCGGCUCCAAGUAAAGGGGAGGACGACCAGCUAAUACGGUGCUCCGAUCGAGACCAACUGCCGGCAGCCAUGGCACUCUGCAACGGAGACUCGAAGCUGGCAGAUGCUGCUGGGGGGAACCUGAAGGGUGGCCAGGGUCACUGUGAAGGAGCCGUUGCCAUUCUCGAUGCUGGUGCUCAGUAUGGAAAGGUUAUUGAUCGCCGGGUGAGAGAGCUGCUGGUGCAGUCGGAGAUCCUGCCACUUGAGACGCCAGCAUUUGCUGUUAAAGAGCAAGGUUUUCGGGCAAUUAUUAUUUCUGGAGGGCCAAGUUCGGUGUAUGCUGAGGAUGCUCCGUGGUAUGAUCCAGCAAUUUUUACAAUUGGCAAGCCUGUACUUGGAAUCUGUUAUGGCAUGCAGAUGAUAAACAAGAUAUUUGGAGGUACAGUACACAAGAAAAGUGUUCGAGAAGAUGGCGUCUUCAGCAUAUGUCUGGACAACACUUGCACAUUGUUCAGGGGCCUCAAAAAAGAAGAGUCUGUGUUGCUCACUCAUGGAGAUAGUGUGGAUAAAGUAGCUGAUGGAUUUAAGGUUGUUGCUCGGUCUGGAAACAUUACAGCAGGAAUAGCAAAUGAGUCUAAGAAACUUUAUGGAGUACAGUUCCAUCCAGAAGUUGAUCUGACGGAAAGUGGAAGGGUGAUUCUGAAAAAUUUUCUUUUUGAUAUUGCGGGCUGCAGUGAUACGUUCACGGUGCAGAGUAGAGAGAAAGAGUGCAUCAGAGAGAUCAAAGAGAAAGUUGGCAAUCAGAAAGUUCUGGUUCUUCUCAGUGGUGGAGUGGACUCCACAGUGUGUACUGCUCUGCUGAACAAAGCAUUAGAUCCAGAACAGGUUAUAGCAGUACACAUAGACAAUGGUUUCAUGAGAAAGAGAGAGAGUCAGUCUGUAGAAGAAGCCCUUCGGAAACUUGGAAUUCAAGUUAAAGUGGUAAACGCAGCACACACUUUCUACAAUGGCACAACAACACUACCUAUUUCAGAUGAAGACAGAACACCAAGAAAAAGAAUUAGCAAGACGUUAAAUAUGACCACAAAUCCCGAAGAGAAAAGAAAAAUAAUUGGGGAUACAUUUGUAAAGAUUGCCAAUGAGGUGAUUGGAGAAAUGAACUUAAAACCUGAAGAUGUCUUGUUGGCUCAGGGAACAUUAAGGCCCGACCUUAUCGAAAGUGCCUCUCUCAUGGCAAGUGGAAAAGCAGAAGUUAUCAAAACACAUCACAAUGACACAGAACUCAUCAGGAAGUUAAGAGAUGAGGGUAGAGUUAUUGAGCCACUAAGAGAUUUCCACAAAGAUGAGGUGAGGGCAUUAGGUCGAGAACUUGGGUUGCCUGAAGAAGUUGUUUCAAGACAUCCAUUUCCAGGUCCUGGUCUUGCGAUCCGUGUAAUUUGUGCUGAUGAACCCUACAUUUGUAAAGACUUUGCUGAAACAAACAACAUAUUAAAGAUAGUUGCAGAUUUUUCAGCCAGUAUAAAAAAGCCACAUACCCUUUUGCAGAGGGUAAAAUCUUGCACAACAGAUGAAGAACAAGAGAAGCUAAUACAGAUCACAAGCCUUCAUUCGUUGAAUGCCUGCUUGCUGCCUAUUAAGACAGUGGGCGUACAGGGUGACUGUCGAUCUUACAGUUAUGUCUGUGGUGUUUCCAGUAAAGAUGCUCCUGACUGGGAUUCCCUUAUGUUUCUAGCCCGACUUAUUCCUCGUAUGUGUCAUAAUAUUAAUAGAGUUGUUUAUAUGUUUGGUCCGCCAGUAAAGGAACCUCCUACAGAUGUCACACCUACUUUUCUAACAACCGGAGUCCUAAGCACAUUACGGCAAGCUGACUUUGAAGCUCAUAAUAUCCUCAGGGAAUCUGGUUAUUCUGGGAAGAUGAGCCAAAUGCCUGUUAUUUUGACGCCUCUGCAUUUUGACCGCGACCCCUUGCAGAAACAGCCUUCCUGUCAGAGAUCUGUAGUUAUCCGAACUUUUAUCACAAGUGACUUUAUGACAGGUAUUCCUGCAACUCCUGGUGAUCAGAUUCCAGAAGAGGUUGUUUUAAAAAUGGUGACUGAAAUUAAGAAGAUUCCUGGCAUCUCCCGAGUGAUGUAUGACUUAACAUCAAAGCCUCCAGGAACCACUGAAUGGGAGUAAUUUUGGGGGAUGUGCUAUGCGAGACUUUAGUAUACAACAAACCAUUCCCAGUGUUGACAAGCAGUACUGUGAAAAAUCUGACUGCAUAUAUUACUUACUACCCGUUUCCUUUCUUGGUGCCUCAUAUAUAAUGAAACAAGCAAUGAUAACAUUGACAAGAGGCCGGGGAUUUGAAUGGGUUUUGGACUGCAGCAACUUUUGGAUACAGACUGGACUGUAUCACUUUGCCUUUUACCUUUUCAACUUUGCCUGUUUAAUGUGUUUUAUUGUCACCGUCAUUUGAAUGUGUCUCAUUGUUUUUGUACACUGUGUAAAGAGAUUAACUGAUUUCUUUACAUUGACCAAAAGCAUUUGUUAUAGCCCAAUAAUUAAAUACAAAUAAUAGAUGUGACCAAUUGCUUUUGAACAGAUUUAUUAUGAAUAAAUUUUUGCCAAAUGCUUUAGAGGUGCUAUUGAAUCUGGUAUCUACAUAUUUUUUUAUUUUAAAAAGUAAAACAGUUUUUUGUUAAGUAAGAUGUUAUCCAGAGUAUGCCUGCAAGUUUUUACUUUCUAUAGUUGAUUAUGCCAUUGUAUUAUGGUGCAGUUUUAAUAUGGAGAUUGUCGUACUUCUUGAAAGUUUGCUGACAGUCAUGGAACUGUUACUUUAUCCAUGGAUAACCACAUGAUAAGUUAGCGGUAAGGUGGAGGAAUAUUGUUUCUGUACUAUUGAUCAUGACAUGCUUUUGUAAUAUAGUCUUGUUUUUCCUUCAUGUGCUUCAUUGUAAGGAAGUUUGGUAUUGGCAGUGAUGGGUUAUAAAAUGGAGAUCUCUCAUUUUACUGGCUGUUUAAGUGGUCUGCAGGCUCUUUGUUAUAUGCUGCUGUGAUGAUACAUCAUAGAAGCUAAUUUUUCCUCCAUCAUUUGGAACUAGUAAUGUUGCUUAUUGAUAAUGUCAGAAGUUGCUAAAACAUUUUGUAUGUAUCAUUUUACCUUGAACAUUGUCAUUUGAAUUGUUUAAUCGUUUAUGCUUGAUAUGACGUUUUGCCUUAAAUACAUAAUUUCAUUUAAGAGACGAGUGUUAUUACUAAGUACAGAGUCCACUUUAGUACUGCCUUUGAAUUUACUUAGGAAAAAAUAUUGUUUAAACAAUUAAAUUAAAUUAUGCAUCAUAAGAUGUUAUUAAAAAUGGUGCUUCAUUGAAGCCUAUGUCUUGCAGCUGACUUUGUUCUGCUGCAAAAGCAGGAAAAGUACAGAAAGCUGUGUUAUAGGUACUUUAGUUUUAUGUUUCUAUAAUAAACUCCUCAUUUAUGCAUAAAUCAUACUUUCUUUUUAAUUAUUUUUAGACCCUAACCCUCCGGCUUGUAUCCUGCCACUCUUUCUCUCUGUGAGAGAAUUACCACAUUACACCAAUGCAGAAGGGUCAAGGAUUUUUUUUCAGCCUGCCCGACUAUAUUGUGGGUGCCCAGUUGAUUGCAAAUGGAAGUCGCUUUCCCAAGUGAUGUAAACUCUCACGCAGCUCAACAACCCCCCUCCCUCCUUUGAAAGCCUUGAAUGUGAAUAAUCUGCACUUGGGAAUCAUUAAUUGGAUGUGUUGCCCCUCACUCUGAGACAAGGCAGGCCAGUCCUGCCAGUCCAUUCCCUCCUGAGCCAGCCUUUCAGUGCUCAGACUACUGUUCAAACCUGAUUUAUUGGUGAUACAGGAGGGCUCUCUGAAUCUGCACUGGGGGUAAGUGCUUAAAACCAACCUUUUUUGCAUAGAGCAAUACCACAGAUCAGUUGUCCUGAAAAACUUGAAGGCAGUUGCAGUGCUUACAUGACUGUGCGUCUUUAGUUGCAGUGGUUUCUUGAUAUACAGAUGCCUCUGAAAAUGUUCUUUUUGUUUGCCCAGUCAAGGGCUUAUUAUAUGCGGAACUUAUGGAGAAACAGUGCUGUAACAAUAAAAGACUGAUGAUUAUG